AAUCAGAAAGGCAGAGUCUUUUUCCAAGUCAAGCAAUAAUUAAGCAAGUAGUCACGCACCCUUCAGUCUUCAUCGUAAGUCACAAGUCUCCUGUCGUCUUUGGAGACCCACUUCAGUUUCUGUUCAGUUAAGGUGAGCAAGAAUUCAGAGAGAGGCAGAGAAUGGCAGAAACAAAAACUGUUCAUUCGCCACUGGUUACUUAUGCUUCAGUGCUCUCGCUUCUCACUCUCUGCCCUCCUUUUGUUAUUCUACUAUGGUACACGAUGGUGCAUGCUGAUGGGUCCGUAUGUCAAACUUGGGAUUUCUUGAAGCAACAUGGCUUGCAAGGAUUUAUAAAUAUUUGGCCAAGGCCCACUGCAAUUUCCUGGAAAAUUAUUGCUUGUUAUGCAGCAUUUGAGGCUGCACUGCAGCUUCUUUUACCUGGAAAGAUGGUUGAGGGUCCAAAUUCUCCUGAAGGAAACCGACCUGUUUACAAGGCGAAUGGCAUGGCAGCGUACACAGUGACUUUGGUUACCUAUCUCAGCCUUUGGUGGUUUGGUAUAUUCAACCCCUCGAUUGUUUAUGAUCAUUUGGGAGAAAUAUUUUGUGCUCUCAUUUUUGGAAGCUUAGUCUUCUGUAUUUUCUUAUACAUAAAAGGCCAUUUGGCUCCAUCGUCUACUGAUUCUGGUUCAUCUGGGAACAUAAUAAUCGACUUCUAUUGGGGUAUGGAGCUGUAUCCUCGAAUUGGAAAGAACUUCGACAUCAAAGUUUUCACAAACUGCAGAUUUGGGAUGAUGUCUUGGGCUGUUCUGGCAUUGACCUAUUGCAUUAAGCAGUAUGAGCAGAAUGGGAAAGUAGCUGAUUCCAUGCUUGUAAAUACAAUAUUGAUGCUGGUGUACGUCACAAAGUUUUUUUGGUGGGAAGUUGGCUACUGGAACACAAUGGACAUUGCACAUGAUCGAGCUGGAUUUUAUAUUUGUUGGGGAUGCUUAGUAUGGGUUCCAUCUGUGUAUACUUCUCCGGGCAUGUACCUUGUUAACCAUCCUGUGAACCUUGGACUUCAGCUUGCACUCUAUAUACUAGCAGCAGGCGUUCUCUCCAUAUAUGUCAAUUAUGACUGUGACAGGCAAAGGCAGGAAUUUCGCAGAACAGAUGGCAAAUGUUUGGUCUGGGGAAAGGCUCCAUCAAAGAUUGUGGCCUCAUACACUACAACAUCCGGGGAGACAAAGACAAGCCUCCUUUUGACUUCAGGAUGGUGGGGCUUAUCUCGUCAUUUCCAUUAUGUACCUGAAAUAUUAUCUGCUUUUUUCUGGACUGUCCCGGCUCUUUUUAAUCACUUUCUACCCUAUUUCUAUGUGAUAUUUCUAACCAUCCUUCUGUUUGACCGAGCUAAAAGGGAUGAUGAUCGAUGUGGAUCCAAAUACGGGAAGUACUGGAAGUUGUACUGUGAGAGGGUCCGCUACCGGAUUGUUCCGGGAAUCUACUAAGACAUCUCUUCUAGUUGCACCACGGCUCGCAUUGAAUCGAUCUACCGUGCCUGUUUAUAUCUAGUGGUGAACUCAAGAAUGCAACGCCCGAUUAUUCCGCUGAAACUGUAUAACUCUUGUUUAAGUGAUUUUAAUGUUUUGGCAAGGUGUGAGUCUUGCUGUUUAAUGCACAAUGUAUUUUUGGUUCCCAUUGCCCAUGUCUCCUCUUUCUGCGAGAUUGAAAGGGGAGGAUUGCUCUCUGAGGGGAUGUCAUAAAAUGUAUUGUGUUUCCUUGCAAACUGGUGGGAUGAUAACCUUUUCUUUUUGGUUUCUUCAAGUGAUUGGGUUGGUAGCCAUUGCUUU